GCUGCACCCGCCGAGGAGCCGGUGGUUCUGCCCAUCGGCACCGAGGUGAGCGCCAAGUACAAGGGCGCCUUCUGCGAGGCGAAGAUCAAGAAGGUGGAGCAGGUGGUGAAGUGCGGCGUCCGCCUGCGGAGCAACGGCCAGACGGUGACCAUUCCCGAGACCGACCUGCAGGGUGGCUCGCGCAAGGUGGGCGGCGUGGUGGCCAUCGUCCGGGGCGGCUCCUCUGGAUCGGCCACGGCCGAAGAACGAACCGCCGCCGCCGUGGACCGCAAGCACGACGGCGAGGAGGGCAUCAUCACCAAGAUCCUCGACCAGUCGCUCUACACUGUCGUCUUUGAUGAUGGCGACGAGAGGACGCUCAAGCGGACGUCACUCUGCCUCAAGUCAGGUAAACACUUUGCCGAGAGCGACACGCUGGACAAGCUGCCGCUGACGCACCCCGAACACUUCGGCAACCCGGUCAAUUUGGGCCGCA